AUGCAGCUGUAUUUACUGGCAGGUCGGGUGACCAACCUCCGUUCCAAGGUGUCCUACUCUGCCAUUGUCACUCUGGGAGAGCUCUUUGUGACCUUGAAGAAGGACAUGGACUCUGAGGUGCAUGAGGUCGCUCGGCUCCUUCUCCAGAUGGUGUCCAACUCCCCAGAAUUUGUUCAGAAAGCAGCCAGUCAGAGCCUGGGGAUCAUGGUGGAGAAUGUGACUCCUGCACGAGCAAUGACUGCUCUCAUGGACAUGGGAGUCAAUGCCUGGUGCGGGGGCGGCACCGCCGCCCUUCGGCUCCGCCUGGCCCGAGCCCGGCCCCGGACCCGACGCAGGGUCCAGUCCCGACCCCGGCCCCGGCUGCUCCCGGGGCCCGCGGAGCACACCCGCGGCGCGGCCGCUCCCGCCGCCUCCGCUGCGGCUUCCCCGGUCCGAGCUCCGCCGCUCGGCAGCGCGGCCUCCUGCCCUGAGCCGCCGGGGCCCGGGGCGGGUGGGGAUGCCGGGCCCGGGGCGGGUGAGGGGCGCUCGGGGGCCGUUGCUGGCCUCGGGCCGAGCGCUGACAGCCGCGUCCCGCCCGCAGGGACGGCGCAGGAGGCCCUGCAGGAGCGGUACCGGCUGGGAUCGCUGCUGGGGCGCGGCGGCUUCGGCAGCGUCUUCGCAGCCACGAGGAUCUCGGACGGCGCCCCGGUGGCCAUCAAACGCGUGCCGAGGGAUCGCAUCCGGCACUGGGGCGAGCUGCCCGACGGCACCAGCGCACCCCUGGAGAUCGUGCUGCUGGCCAAGGUGUCCUGUGGCUGUGGCGGUGUCAUUCAGCUCCUGGAGUGGCUUGAGCUCCCCGACAGCUUCCUGCUGGUGCUGGAGCGUCCGGAGCGGUGCCAGGAGCUCUCGGGUUUCCUGGCGGAGCGGGGGUUCCUGCCGGAGGAGGAGGCGCGGGGGCUGUUCCGCCAGGUGCUGGAGGCCGUGCGGCACUGCACCAGCUGCGGGGUCCUGCACCGGGACAUUAAGCCCGAGAAUGUCCUGCUCGACCUGGCCAGCGGGCAGCUGAAACUGAUCGACUUUGGCUGUGGCGCCUUCCUCCAAGACACAGCCUACACCCAAUUUGCAGGAACCCUGUCCUACAGCCCUCCAGAGUGGAUCCAGCACCAACGCUACCACGGCGAGGCAGCCACGAUCUGGUCCCUGGGCCUCCUGCUGUGCCACCUGGUCAUGGGGAAGCACCCGUUCAGGAGGGGCCAGGAGAUCAUCCGGGGGCGAAUCUUGUUCCCACGAUGGCUCUCUCAAGUGUGCCAAGAUGUUAUUAAGAGGUGUUUGUCCAUGCAACCCUCGGACAGGCCAUCCUUAGAAGAACUUUUCUGUCAUCCUUGGGUGAAGGGUGUUUCCCUGCCCUAG